ACGUUACACCUCAUUCAGACUCCUUCCCUCUACCCCUCAACAGCCUUCCGUCCCGCUAUCGUGCUUCUGGCCCACUUUCUUUCCUUCUUCUUUAGCUGCACGCGUGGCAAUCGACCAACGGAAGCUACUGGGGACAGGAUUCCCUGUAUGCACCCCACGAGCUCGCACAAAUUCGCAGGCAUCGCCGACGCGCCAUACAUGUUUUCAACCCUGUCCUCGCUCGGCACCUCACCCCACAUCCAAUCCAACAGCGCCUUAUUUCAUGCUUAAGAAUGGCGCUGGUUCUUGGCGGCCAUAUCGUAGAGUAUCCCCUGGGCCCUCACGAAGUCAUCUACCGCAAACCACCAAAGAGUCCGACACAAUCACGCCAGCAUGUUUGCUUCCGCUGCGAGCCCUGUGACCGCACAUUCGUGGACAAGUUCGCCCUAUCCCAGCAUCUCGAAUCCUCCAGCAAGCAUAGCCUCUGCGGGAAUUGUAUGAGCGACUUUACUUCUAGCCAAGCACUGCGGGAGCAUUGGCGCCAGGACCAUUUAUGCCCACAGUGCCACAGACACAACCCGAAUGAAAAUAACCUUGAAUUUGCUUGUUUGUCUAUACCUAUUCCUCUAGGCUUCAGCAGACUUCGGGAUCGCGAGUGUAUGCCACACGCCACAAAGCUGCAAUAAAGACGCCACAGACCACAGAACUGCUUUUCAGACGC